AUGGAGCAAAAUACAGCAAUUAUAUCUAAGAAGAUAUGGAAGAUAGUAAAGGUGGCUUUGUUUAUGAUAAGGAAAGGUUUAUGCAAGAAAAGAUUACUUGUAGACCUCAACACCAUGAUGAAACGCGGCAAAAUUGCUAGAAAAGCCUUAGGUAACCUAAUGUUUCACAACUAUAACAACCACCACUUCUUUGCUUCCCGAGGCGGCGGCGGCGACGUUGGUGAUGCUCCGUCCAACCACCACCAUGACAACGCUCGAGAGUAUGAGUUUAGUUGUAGUAACACCCCUUUAUACCGACACUACUUCAACAAAAGAAAAAACCAACACCAUCAAAAUGAAAACCUAUAUUACUUGCCCUCACCUUUUCCUUUGGAAGAUUAUUGUGAGAAUAAUGUUAAUAUUGAGGAAUUCAGCAACAUGCUCGAUAUGAUGUUACGUAAUGAUGAAGGUACUGGUGGUGUUUCGGCCGCGUCGCCGGCUUUGCCUGGUCUAGGUUUUGGGCGGAGCCCUGCUGUCCGGCAGCUAAGGAUUAUGGACUCUCCGUAUAUGGAUCAGGGAAAUAUGCAUGUUGAUCAGGCUGCUGAGGAUUUCAUAAAGAAUUUUUAUUCUCAGCUUAAGCUGCAAAAUUAG